GGGGGAAGAUGUCUUGUGGCUGGCUGCUGGCUUGCAAAAUGAAGGCAAUGCCUGACUGCUGGCUUGCCUGAAGCAGCAUUUACCUUUGCAGUGCGGUGUAUGUGGGUAUGAAUCAUGGCUUACAGAGCUCCUCCUGACUUUCCCACCAUAUGCUGGCUCAUGCCUGCAAUCCUAGGUACUUGUGAGGCCUAGCCUGGUAGCUCACUUGAGCCCAGGUGGUCUGGGCUAUGUAUGCUGAUUUGGUGCCCAUGCUAGGUGAGGCACUGAUAUGGUGAUGCCCAGAGAGCAUAGGGUUGCCUAAGGAAGGGUGAACUGGGCCAGAUCAGGUCAGGUCUAAAUCAUGUGGUUUCUCUCUCUCCUAAUUUGGGAGACCUGUUCUGCUUUGAAUGCUCUUGUUUCUCCUUAGCCAAUUUAACUCUUGGGCAGCACCAACCUGUGGUGCAGAAGCCCAGCUUGACUUCACCUAUGGCCUGGUUUUACCCUCAGGUUCCUCACAGGUCUGGAUGCUGUUUCCCACCACCUGUUCCCAGUUUGUGCUCUGCCUGGUACCCAUCCUUGAAGUGACCUCGGGGGGGGGAGCCCAGGGCAGGUACAGGUGCACUGCCCCUAUCACAAGGAGUAGACACUCAUGUAUAUUGUCCCUACUCUAUUCUUCCCUUCUUCAGCUGAGGACAGCAGCUUCACUGUUACUCCCACAAAUACUCAGUCAUACUGACUCCCCAGAGGUCAUGUGGCAGCCUUUUUCUUUCGGGAAGAGGUGGGGGAAAGAAGGCAGAGAUAGGAAGUGUGUCCUUAUCUGGGAAUUGGAGAGAUACUAGAACUAGAUGUGGUGGUGUUUGAGUGGUCUGUUUGCCAGGUUGUUUUGGAUCGAGGGACUGGGGCCUAAAAUGGACCCAGAGAAACUGAAGUGGAAGAUGCAACAGGAUGUGCUCACCUCCACCUGCAACUUCCUCAUCUAUAUAACACUACUGCGGAUCAGUGAGCGCGCGCAUAGCUAGCUUGCGACCUUCUUCGCCCUUCCCAUGCUCCUCACCGAUAACCCUUCUCUCCCCAGUACUUUGCUUCCCCUUUCCCACCCUUUUGCACUGCCCAGGGCUGAGGUCCUGUGCAGUUCUGGGGCUUGUAUUGCAGUUAUCGUGACUUCUGUCACAUCACUCCUGUAGAUGAGAGUUUCCCUCCACUGCAGGUGCACGCUGUGCUGUGCAUGUAGAGGGGCAAUGUGCCAUGUGGUCCCUCUCAUUGAGUGUGGGCAGCCCCAGGUGGCUACCUUCUGUAACGUGUGCAGGUGGUUUGAAGCUCUUCCCUUGCAUUCUCACACAGGAAAGGGGAGUACUAUGGCAGGAGGAUACGUCACUGGUUUUCUUUAAGGCU